AUUGUACAAAAAACAAUUAUGGGAAACUUAAUAGUUUAUCUUUCAACCACUGUUUGUUUAUUCUUAAUUUCAUUUCUGAUCAGGUUAUUUGAGAAAUUAUGGUGGACUCCGAUUCGUAUACAAUCCAUGCUAAGAUCACAAGGAGUAUCAGGCCCUGCUUACAGAUUCUUCCAUGGAAACACCAAUGAAAUUAUCAGUUUGGAAAAUAAUGCCUCAAAAACUCCUGCAGAUUUAUCACAUCACCUCUUGGUCCCUACCUUAUUGCCACACUUUCAUCAUUGGAUCAAACUUUAUGGUAAGAAUUUCCUGACAUGGCAUGGUCCUCGAGCAUACUUUGUAGUAACAGAACUUGACCUGAUUAAAGAGAUACUAGUUACUGAUAAGCAUGGAACGUUCCUCAAACAAGAACCCGACGGCUACGCAAAGAAGCUUUUCGGAGAUGGAACCGUAACAAGUAACGGAGAGAAAUGGUCGAAGAUGCAUAAGCUAGCCAAUCACGCAUUCCAUUCCGAGUCCUUGAAAGGAAUGAUUCCAGCUAUGAUUGCAAGUACAGAAAUUAUGCUCGAAAAAUGGAAAUACAACGAUGGCAAAGAGAUCGAAGUAUUUGAAGAAGUUAAGAUUUUAACUUCAGAAAUAAUUUCAAGGACUGCUUUUGGAAGCAGCUACGUAGAAGGAAGGCAUAUAUUUGAUAUGCUAGUUCGGUUGAUUGUUGUUAUGGUCAAAAACAAGCAUAAUGUCACAAUUCCUGGAACCGGAAACCUUCUGAAAACAUCAGAUGACAUUGAAACAAACAAGCUAGAAUACGAGAUACACAAACGCUUCAUAAAUUUGAUAAAGAAAAGAGAGGACGAAGCUAUCACGGGACAAGUGGAUGGAUUCAGAAGUGAUUUUCUUGGACUACUGUUGAAGUCGCACCAUGACAAUGGUAUUGCCAAGAAGAUAACAGUGAAUGAGCUGAUUGAUGAGUGCAAGACUUUCUAUGUCGCCGGACAUGAAACAACUUCGAGCUUACUCACCUGGAUUCUUCUACUUCUAGCCAUUUAUCCCGAUUGGCAAGAUAAGGCCAGGCAGGAAGUGCUUGAAGUAUUUGGCCACCAACAUCCAUGCUCUCAAGGCCUCACAAAACUGAAGAUCGUGAGCAUGAUUAUCAACGAAACUCUGCGACUAUAUCCGCCGGUUGUAAACAUAAGAAGAGAUACAGCAAGGCAAGUAAAGAUAGGGAAGUUGAUUCUCCCUGCGAAUAUUUUAAUUGAGAUUCCAAUUCUGGCAAUUCACCACAAUCCUGAAAUAUGGGGACAAGAUGCUCCCGAAUUCAAGCCGGAGAGAUUUGCAGAAGGCAUAGCGAAAGCUACAAACAACAAUGUAGCAGCCUAUCUUCCAUUUGCUUUGGGACCAAGAAAUUGUGUGGGUUCAAACUUUGCAAUUACAGAGACGAAAAUUGCACUCUCCAUGAUUCUGCAACGCCACAGCUUCUCCCUGUUGAAAUCUUAUGUUCACUCGCCUGUUUCACUUCUCACCAUGUAUCCACAACAUGGGCUACCGUUAAUUGUCCAAAAUCUGUAGAUUACUUCUCUGUGUUAAUCUGUAAUAUAUAGGUCUCAUAAAAUGAUGGGUCGAUAGACUUUUGUAGUGCAUGGUGUUUAUUUUACUUUUUUUUUAUCUGAUUAUGAGGUGUCCUGAACAGGUUCCAACUAUAAAACGGCACCUUUAAGCCUUCCACAUUCAGACUAAUCCCCACUCGAGCCGGGUAGGUCUCUUACGGGAGGUAAAGCUGUGACUUCAAAUUUUAAACGGCUGCAUACACGAGUACGGUUCGAACCCGCGACCUCACUUAUCUUAGAAGAGCGUCUUACCAACUCAUUAUUAGCCUUGGGGUUUUAAUUUUACUUUUGGAUUAGUAAUAACUUUUUUGUAAAAUUUUCA